CACUACGUUCGCAGUUUUUUGCUUGAUGUUGACAAGGAGAUGGCCCCAGAACAACACGCAACUUCUGUCUGUGAUGGGCUUACCAUCAAACAAGAGCCUGUGGAGGCUGAACCACACAUGACUCCAAAGCGAGAGAUUGAAUAUGUAUCUGUUAAAGAAGCAGCUCCGUGGCUACAUGAGUGGGAGGAGCCUGAUGAUCUCGAUAGUGCACAGGACCCACUGAGCAUCGCUAAACUGGAGCUCAAGCAUGGAGUGGAGUCGACAACUAGCGGCAGUGAACUGGCUAGUAAUAACCUCGUUGGUGUGGAGGACGACAACGGUACUGGUGACAGUGGCAGUUUUGUUGGAAAAGUGUCAAUGGCUUCUGGAACAAGUGGCGGGAUACAAACCACUUCCAAACAGGAAGCAUCCUGUGGUAAUAAAAAUGGUACAAGACAUCGAGUGUACAGUUGUGGCAUUUGCAAGAUGAUGUUUGCAAGGCUGCAAGACCUGAAGAGCCACACACACAUCAUACAUGAAUUUUUGCAUACGUGCAACGUAUGUCUGAAAACAUUCGCUAGAAGUUCUACUGUGAAGUCGCACAUGCGUCUGCAUAAUAAGGAACGUCCCUACAACUGUGGCGUUUGCAAGAGGACAUUCGUAGCAUUUACCCAACUGAAGAUGCAUUCACAGCAGCAUACUGAUGAAUAUCCAUACACCUGUGGCAUUUGCAGCAAGACAUUCACACAAAGCAGCUCAUUGAAGUACCAUUUAAUGCUGCACCCUUGUACUCUUCCCUUUAGCUGUGAAAUUUGCAAGAAAACAUUCCAAACAAAUAGCCAUCUGAAGAAGCAUUAUCUGUUGCAUACUGACUACCACCUUUAAAGAUAAUGCCACAUGCAACAGGAAACCUACAUGACGUAAUGAUGCUAAGCAGCAUUCGCAGCUGCUCAUAGCUAAACAAUCUUUACAAUUGUUGUUUGUGUCAUAAGAAAUUCAGCAUUUUCCACAAUCUGUAUGUCCACUUGUAGUUGCAAAUUGCAAAAAGACAAUACAUCUUCAUUAUUUGCCUAAAGGGACUGAUGUUGAAGCAUGUUGGGGAACACCACCUUCAUCAUAAAAGCCGACACCCAUACACUUGCAAAGGGUGUUUGAAGAGAUUCGCAACCAGCCAUGGACUGUGUAAUAUGUUUAAAAAAUGAAAAUAAUAAAUAUAACUAUAUUGAA